AUGACCGCCGGAACUGGAAUUCUUCGAGUUGAAGGCAACAAAGUUGUCGACGACAAUGGCACUGAAGUUCUUCUUCGGGGAGCUGCCAUUGGAGGCUGGAUGAACAUGGAGAAUUUCAUUACUGGAUACCCUGGCCAUGAGAAGCAGCACAGAGCCGCGAUGCGCAAGGUGCUGGGGCCUGAGAAGUACGAGUUCUUCUUCGAUAAGUGGCUGGAAUAUUUCUUUACGGAGGCCGACGCCAAGUUCUUUGCUGGCCUGGGGCUGAAUUGUCUUCGCAUUCCAUUCAACUACCGCCAUUUCGAAGACGACAUGAACCCCCGCGUCUUGAAGGAAUCUGGAUUCAAGCACCUGGAUCGGGUCGUGGAGCUGUGUGCGAAAGAAAAGAUCUACACUAUCCUGGACAUGCACACUGCCCCUGGGGGUCAGAACGGAGACUGGCAUUCUGACAAUCCGACCAGCUAUGCCGCCUUCUGGGAUUUUAAGGAUCACCAGGACCGCACCGUUUGGCUGUGGGAACAGAUUGCUGCACGGUAUAAAGGAAACCCGUGGGUUGCAGGCUAUAACCCUCUCAACGAACCGUGCGACCCCGAGCACAUCCGGCUGCCAGCGUUCUACGACCGCGUCGAAAAGGCCAUCAGGGCUGUGGAUCCCGACCAUAUCUUGUGGCUGGAUGGGAAUACGUUUGCGAUGGAGUGGAAGGGGUUUGAUAAGGUUCUUCCAAACUGUGUCUAUGCUAUGCACGACUACGCGUCGAUGGGCUUCCCUACUGGACAGAGAUACAAGGGGACAGCGGAGCAGAAUGAAUAUCUGGAGCGCCAGUACCUCCGGAAGGCGGAAUUCAUGACCCAGAACGGAACGGCGACCUGGAACGGCGAAUUUGGGCCCGUAUAUGCUGAUCCUCGAGUCGACGAAGAUGCUGAGACGAUCAACCAAGAGAGAUACAGCCUCCUCGGCCAGCAACUGAACAUCUACGACAAAUACAACAUCCACUGGUCCAUCUGGCUAUACAAGGAUAUUGGUCUGCAAGGAAUGAUUUAUACCAACCCCGACAGCCCCUGGAACAAGACGAUCCAACCCGUCCUAGAGAAGAAGCAUCGCCUGUGGCUUGAUAACUGGGGCAGACGCCCAUCGAAGGAGCCUGAAGCGGUGCUGGCGCCUAUGGUUCAGUGGAUCGACAAGGUCUGUCCUCAGGCCAAGGAGACCUACCCUACUCCCUGGAUGACUGAGCGUCACUUACUGCGCAAUGUGUUCCAAACGUUCCUUGCCAACUCCUUUGUCGAUGAGUUUGCUGAGUUAUUCCGUGGAAUGGAUCAUGCACAGCUGGAGGCUUUGGCGCGUAGCUUCCAUUUCGAUCAAUGUGUUCAGCGGGAAGGACUUAACGAGAUUCUCCGACAGCAUGCUAAGAACUGA